GAGGAGGGAGCGAUGGCAGAGAACCUCAGGAGGCUGGUCUCCGGCGAGCCGCUCCGGACCAUGCACGAGCAGCUGGAGCGCUGGCGGACGGAGUACAGUACAAACACAUGUGAUCAAAAUCUCUGUCAAUGCCUUGAGUUCAUCGAACAAAUUUCCAAAGUGCAAGGACAGCUCUUUAGGAUCCUCACCGCUGCAGCCCAAGAAGGCGGUCAUUAUGAUGGUGUGGAAAUAAUCAAAUCGCGCCUACUGCCUUGGCUGGAAGCCUCCUUUACUGCAGCUUCCGUGGGAAAACCUGUUGACAGCAAGGUCCCCUCUCUGCAGGACACAUUUGAUAAGGAGAAACAUAAAGAGUCUGGUGUUCGGGAUCAGGACAUUCAACAAUUAGAUGCUGAGUUGAAUUCAACUCGUAGUCAACUCAACCAGGUUCAAGACGAUCUGGCUGAAACUGAAAAGACUCUUGAAGAAACCAAGAACAGAUCGGCCAUAUCCCUUUUGGCUGCAGAGGAGGAAAUAAAUCAACUAAGAAAGCAGCUUAAAUCUCUUCAAGCCCAGGAGGACUCCCGCCACAAAAGCACAGAGCAUAAAAGUGUGGAGCUGCGGGGUGCAGAGCCUCGAGCCUCAGAGCCGAGGACCUCAGAGCAGAGGAGGUUGGACCAGCGAAGCAUCGACAAGAGGAACCCAGACCAGCGGACCGAAGUGAUUUUUGAUUAUGAGAAACAGCUCCGAACCCUGAAGGACGAGAUAGCUGUUUUGUCUGCUGAAAAAUCUGUGCUUCAAGGAAGGUCGGCCAGGAGCCGGACGCCCAGCCCUGCCCCUCGCAGCCGCAGCCGCAGCCGCAGCCAGAGCCGCAGCCGGUCCACCAGCCCCUCCACCGCUGUGGCCAAGAUCAGGACCCCGUCCCCGAAUCACGCCAAACUGUCCAGUGUGGCCCGCAAGGCUUCCCUCCUGUCCCGGUUCAGCGACGCCUACUCCCAGGCCCGCCUGGAUGCGCAGUGCCUGCUGCGGCGCUGCAUCGACAAAGCCGAGACGGUGCAGAGGAUCAUCUACAUCGCCACCGUGGAGGCAUUCCAUGUAGCUAAAAUGGCAUUUAGACAUUUCAAGAUCCGUGUGAGGAAAUCGUUGACACCAUCUCUGGCGGGGUCGAAUAACUAUGAGGAUGCCGUCUUGGAUUAUAUCAUUUGUCAUCUUGAUCUAUAUGAUUCCCAAAGCAGUGUUAACGAUGUAAUCCGAGCCAUGAAUGUCAAUCCCAAGAUUUCAUUUCCUCCUGAAGUUGACUUUUGUCUCCUCAGUGACUUCAUCCAGGAGAUAUGCUGCAUUGCUUUCGCAAUGCAGACUUUAGACCCACCCCUAGAUAUCGCAUUUGGGGCAGAUGGAGAAAUUUUUAAUGAUUGCAAGUACCGUCGCAGCUAUGACUCUGACUUCACUGCUCCCUUGGUCUUCUAUCAUGUGUGGCCUGCUCUCAUGGAGAAUGACUGUGUCAUUAUGAAGGGAGAAGCUGUCACCAAGAGAGGGGCUUUUUGGAAUUCAGUGCGAUCUGUAAGUCGAUGUCGAAGCAGGAGUUUAAGUCCCAUCUGCCCCCGUAGCCGUAUUGGUUUAAGCACGAUAUCUCGAAGCCGGAGCCCUUCUCCAAUAAGAUGUGGAUUGCCAAGGUUUUAAGGCCACCCGACAUGUUCCUUUGCCACAGUACAUCUGCAACAGCCAACUUUCCCAGCGUCUCUAUCUCCU